AUGGCAGGUUCUGACGUGCCCCCGGGUUAUUCCCAUGAUGCAGAGAAGUCUUCCAAAGCAGCUGCGUCUAAUACUACGAAUGAAGAAAUCGCACAGCGAAAUGUCUUUGGUGAUGAGACGCACCGAAGGCUCAAGGGCCGUCAUAUUCAAUUGAUUGGUAUCGGAGGUACUAUCGGUACUGUCCUGUUUGUUCAAAUCGGAAAAGGUCUUAUGCAAGGCGGCCCUGGCAGUCUCUUCAUCGCCUUUUCGUUCUGGUGUCUCAUCGUCCUCACAAUAACAAUGGCCGUUGCAGAAAUGGUCUCAUACACGCCUAUCUCAUCUCCAUUCGUUCGAUUCGCAGGUGUUUACGUGGAUGAGGCUCUCGGUUUUGCUUCUGGAUGGAACUUUUUUAUCUUCGAAGCUGCCCUCGUGCCAUUCGAAGUAACAGCAUGCCACUUUAUUCUCCAAUUCUGGACAGAUGCAAUUCCUGUGGGGGCGACUAUCGCUGUGAUCAUCGUUUUGUACGCGCUCAUCAACCUCAUGGCGAUUCAGUAUUUUGGUGAGACAGAAUUUUGGGCCUCUGUUGGAAAAGUGGUUUUGAUCGUUGGACUCAUCUUCUUCACUUUCAUCGUCAUGGUCGGCGGCAAUCCUCAAGGAGAUGCAUUCGGAUUUACAUACUGGAAGAGUCCUGGUGCUUUCAACGCACUGUACUAUGAUGGCGCUCUUGGAAAAUUCGUCGGCUUCUUAUCUUGUCUUAUUCAAGCCGCGUUCUCCAUCUCCGGCCCUGACUAUGUUGCCAUGGCUGCUGGAGAAGCAGAGAACCCUCGCAAGAUCCUGCCACGGGCAUUCAAAACGGUAUUUUAUCGCUUGACAUGCUUCUUCGUUCUUGGGUCGCUGUGCGUGGGUAUUCUUGUACCAUACGAUGACCCAAACAUGAUUGCAGCUUUCAGAGAUGGAAAGUCUGGGGCUGCAGCUUCACCAUAUGUUAUUGCCAUGGACCGUCUCGGUAUUCGAGUCCUGCCUCAUAUUGUCAACGCCAUGAUUCUCGUCUCGGCGUUUUCAGCUGGCAACUCAUACGUUUUCUGCGCUACAAGAUCCUUGUAUGGCCUUGCCUUGGAGGGUAAAGCGCCACGAUUUUUGAAGACCUGCACUAGAACUGGUGUUCCUAUCUACUGUGUUGCUGUGGUUUUAGUCAUUGCAUUACUAUCCUUCCUUCAGCUAUCAAACAGCUCCGCGGUUGUCUUGAGUUGGUUUGUUUCUCUGGUCACUGCAUCGCAGCUGAUCAACUUUUGUGUCAUUUGUUUCACAUACCUUCGCUUCUAUCGAGCUAUGAAAGUGCAGAACUUUGACCGUUCCGUGCUUCCUUAUAGAGCUUGGUUCAUGCCGUAUGCCGCGUACAUCGGUCUUGUAGCAACCUUCAUCAUGGUGUUCGUUGGAGGAUAUACCGUGUUUCUGCCUGGCAUGUGGAAUGUCCCCAACUUUCUCUUUUCGUACACUUCCGUCGGAUUGUUCCCUGUCCUGUACGUUGGCUGGAAGAUUGUACAUAAGACAAAGGUUCACAAACCAACCGAGAUUGAUCUCAAGUAUAGCUUGGCGCCUAUCGAGGAGUAUGAACAGAAGUUUGUUUCUCAACCACCAAGGAACUGGUUUGAGAAGAUUCUGCACUUUCUGUUCGAAUAA